AUGGCUAUGGCCGAUGGCAUAUCCCCGGCGGCACAGGGGUUGGCGAAGCAGCCCCCCUCAACCAUCCGAACCGCCCUUCCAUCCCGACGAAUGUCUCCCAAGGCCCGAGAUGGAGGACCGUACGACGCUGUGGAGCACGCGAGAGGGCCUAGUCAAGUGGGCAGAGGCGAGCACUUCGAGCCAUCAGCGACCCUGCGGCCGGAUUCCCGACGUAGUCCGUCGAGCGAAGCCACGUCAAUGUCCCAGGCAAGGAGUCCGGUCUCCAUUUCCAGUGAUGGCUCCCCGAAGGAUGUGAGGUCAGAACCAAGACCCAGUCCGGCGCCAACAACGGCGAGUUCGUCGUCGGGUCAGACGGGCCAGGUGUGCAGCAACUGCGGUACGACGCGGACACCUUUGUGGCGGAGGUCUCCCCAGGGAACGACGAUAUGCAACGCCUGCGGCCUGUAUCAGAAGGCAAGAAACGCCUCGCGGCCGACCAACUUGAAGAAGCCCCCGCAUCUCGUUGCCGCGGCGCCGAGGACUGCUCCUCCGAAGAUCGCCCCUGCGCCGGGUCCAGGUCCAAAAUAUCUCGGCGCCCCUGCCCCGACGUACGUCACCGAGGAACAGCAACCGUCGGGUACUUGUCCGGGUGGCGGGAAAUGCAACGGUACGGGCGGUGCUGAGGGCUGCAGCGGUUGUCCCGCCUACAACAACCGGGUGUCAAAGUCUGCUCAUCUGAAUGUCGGUCAGGGGCAGGGUUGCGGCGGUGCGUCUUCGAGCCAAUCUGCGGGCGAGCCGAUGGCCUUAGACGAUCCUGCAGCUCCGGUCGACAUUGCUGCGUUGCAAAUCCAGGGGCAAAACCCGAAUCAGACGGUUGUGAUUGCCUGCCAAAACUGCGGCACUACCAUCACUCCGCUAUGGAGACGAGACGAAAGUGGCCACACGAUCUGCAAUGCUUGCGGUCUAUACUACAAGCUUCACGGAGUCCACCGACCUGUGACGAUGAAGAAGUCGAUAAUCAAGCGACGCAAGAGGGUUAUCCCAUCUUCGUUCGGUGGUGAGUGGACCGAGGAGAUGCUUGAGGGGUCCGAAACGCAGAGUGUGGCCCCAGAAGGGAGUCCGGAAAGGGGCACCAUGAACGAGGACGGGUCUGUUAAUCUGGGCUUCCGGCGUCGCGAGGAAAACAACAUGACGAUGCUCCCGGGUCCCAACCUGCAUCAGAACCGACAAGGCUCUCCGCUGCCGUCACACGAUUUAGCUGCUUAUCAGUCAUCGAGUUCCCGGACUUCGCAACCCUAUCCGGGGUCGCUCAACGACGACAACCGACUCGCUCCCAUCACUUCGCUGGCCGCCGCCGGAGAACGGCAAUCGUCGCUGUCGCCAGCUUCUUUCCUCUCUCCGUCUAGGAAGCGAUCACUGUCCGCCGAGGGAAACCCGUCGGGAGACGGUGGACCCGAUACCUCGAAACGACUCUCGUCCAUCAAGUCAAUUCUGAACCCAACCAGUGCUGACGACAGCCCUGCAUAUCAAUCGGGAAGCGACGACGCGGCGGAACACUACGCCCGGUCUGCCAUGUCUCCCGCCGCCUCCGCGCCGAGUCCAGGAUCAUAUUCCAACUCCCACAUGACUCCUCUUCCAUCUCCAGGGCCGAGCAGCCAGACGAGUAAUCCGGGGUACAGGCUAGAAACGGAAAGGGUCAAGGCGGAGAAGAGGGCGGCUUUGGUCCGAGAAGCCGAGAGGAUGAGGGAGAUGUUGGCGGCGAAGGAGAGGGAAUUGGCAGAGCUGGGCCACGAAUAA